AUGCGGGCCCGGGGCCGGGCGCGAGUACUCGUGUGUAGCGUCUUCCUGGUCUGGGCUGUUGUGGCUGCCAGGGAUGAGGAGCCGGUGUUUGCUGUGGAUGAUGAGGGCACGCUGUUUAUAAAUUCGAGCAAUCGCGUGGUGGUCAAUGGGGUGGAUGUGCUGGCCGUGUUGAGGACGAUUGCCGUCGAUUUGGAUCCGCAGCGCGUGAUGGAGCCGCUGGAGAGUCACAACAUCUCCCUCAGUGCUGUCAAUGUCUACACGGUGUAUGCGGCAGAUCUGGACAACGAUGGCUAUAUCGACGUUGUCAGCGCCAGCAACAACAACAAGAUUGCAUGGUACCGCAACGAUGGCGAUGGUGCGUUUUCUUCGCCGCGCGUCAUCGCAACAAACGUCAGUGAUGCCACCUCGGUGUUUGCGAGCGACUUGGACAAUGACGGCCACCUGGACAUUCUCAGCGCCAGUUGGCACGAGAAUGCAAUUGCGUGGUACCACAACAACGGCAACAGCACCUUUUCAACCCAGAAGGUCAUCACCACGGAGGCGGCAGGUGCCCAUUCGGUGUAUGCGACGGACCUGGACAACGACGGCGACAUGGACGUGCUCAGCGCCAGUUCUCGUGACGACAAGAUUGCGUGGUACCGCAACAACGGCGAUGGCUCCUUUUCCACCCAGAUGGUCAUCUUUGACGAUCUCGACUUUGCGUACUCUGUGUAUGCGGCAGAUUUGGACAAUGACGGUGACCUCGACGUCUUGGCUGCCGGAGCGGAGGACAACGCGAUUGCGUGGUAUCGCAAUCAUGGCAAUGGCACGUUUUCUUCUCAAAAAGUCAUUACCACAGACGCCGAGUAUGCAACCUCGGUUUAUGCCGCGGACCUGGACAACGACGGCGAUAUCGACGUCCUCAGUGCCAGCUGGAACGACGAUAAAAUUGCCUGGUACCGCAACCACGGCAAUGGCACCUUCUCUCCCCAGAUUGUUAUUACGACAGAGGCCAAUAGGGCCAUCUCAGUGUAUGCGAGGGACCUGGACAACGACGGCUAUAUCGACGUCCUGAGCGCCAGUGCUUUCGACGACAAGAUUGCGUGGUAUCACAACAACCGUGACGGCACCUUUUCCUCCCAAAUCGUCAUCACCACAGACGCCGACUAUGCACGUGCGGUGCAUGCGGCAGAUCUGGACAACGACGGCUACCUUGACGUCCUAAGCGCCAGUGCGACCGACAACAAGAUUGCCUGCUGUCGCACUCAAAAUCUCACGAUGCGAGUUCGGGCACAACGGCGACUGAUCUGCAGCGUCCUUCUGGUUUGCGCCGUGGGUGCCAGUGGUCAGGAUCCAUCCAUUGCCGUGGAUGAGGAUGGGGCGCUGUUGAUCAACGCGAGCAACCGUGUGGUGUUUAAUGGUGUGGAUGUGCUGGCCGUGCUCACGGCGAUGGCUGUUGAUUUGAACCCGCGGCGCGUGAUGGCACCACUGGAGAGUCACACGAUUACCACCAACGCCAUGUCGGCGCGUUCAGUGUAUGCGGCAGAUCUGGACAAUGACGGCCAUAUCGACGUGCUCAGUGCUAGCUCGGCCGAUGACAAAAUUGCCUGGUAUCACAACCAUGGUAACGGCACCUUCUCUACACAGAACAUCAUCGCCACAAACGAAACUGACACCUACUCGGUGUUUGCGGCAGAUCUGGACAACGAUGGUCAUACUGACGUCCUCAGCACCAGCUUCCUGGAGCACAGGGUUGCGUGGUAUCGCAACCGUGGUGACGGCACGUUUUCCUCGCGGCGCAUUGUCACCACUGACGCCGAUGGUGCAAUCGCAGUGUAUGCGGCCGACCUGGACAACGACCGUGAUCUCGACAUUCUCAGCGCCAGUCGCGACGAUCACAAGAUUGCCUGGUACCGCAACAAUGGUGACGGCACUUUUUCCUCCCAAAAGGUCAUCACCACCAAUGUCGAUGGUGCCGACUCGGUGUUUGCGGCAGACCUGAACAACGACGGCGCCCUCGACAUUCUCAGUGCCAGCCGCGACGACAACCAGAUUGCCUGGUACCGCAACGAUGGCGAUGGCAACUUUUCCACACAGAUGGUCAUUACCACAGAUGCCGAUGGCGCCAUGUCGGUGUUUGCGGCUGACCUGGACAACGACGGUGCCGUGGAUGUCCUCAGCGCUAGCCAUCAUGACAACAAGAUUGCGUGGUACCGCAACAAUGGUGACGGCAACUUUUCCGCACAGAUGGUCAUCACCACAGAGGCCGAAGGCGCGAGCUCAGUCUAUGCGGUGGACUUGGACAACGACGGCCACCUCGACGUCCUGAGCGCCAGCUCCAGCGACGGCAAAAUUGCGUGGUACCGUAACAACGGUGACGGCACGUUUUCUUCGCAAAUUGCCAUUGUGACGGAGGGGGGUGGGGCCCACUCGGUAUUUGCGGCAGAUUUGGACAAUGACGGCCACCUCGACGUCCUCGGUGCCAUUACCUACGAGAACAAGAUUGCGUGGUACCGCAAUCAAAUUGGUCAAAUGCUUUUAUAA